UCUUCUCUCCUUCAAGUUGUUUCUCGCGUAUCCAAACCGAUGUAGAUGAAAUCUAGGGUUUGACGAAUCUCCAUCAGCCGCAGACACUUACACCGAUUUAAUCGGUUACGUUAUCAGGAGACAAAAGUAGUUCCUUGUACUUGGGGACUUGACUGGAUUAAUUCUCUUGUGCUACAGAUUGAUCCAGAAAAGUCUUAUUUCAGCAAUAUAGAAGUAUGAAUCUUGUUAACACAUGGACAAAGCUGGGGUGGCCAUGACCUACAAAUUCGGUGAUCCAAGUAGUAGUGACAUCCUUGUUUGCUUGAAAACAAGAGAAGGAAGACCUGAGUGGUUCCACUGUCACUCCUCGAUUCUUGUACAGAAGAGCAAGUUCUUUGCAGACCAGCUAUCAAGAGUUGACUCUACUAACUGCAUUGAGAUUCCAUGCACAAAAUUUGGGUACGAUAAGUGCGCUAAGCUUUUGAAACUACUUUAUCUUUCUGGGGACUCACUUCUGGACUCGUGGGACUCUGUCAAAACUGCUCUUAGUGUUCUUCAGGUAGCAAUUGCCUUGAGCUGUGAAGAGAUUACUCAAAGCUGUAUCCAAUACUUGGAGGCUGUUCCCUGGGAGGAUAAGGAAGAGGAAGAGAUAUUAAAGGCAGUAUCUGGACUGGGUCCAUUAGCCAUGCCCAUAUUAGCCCGGAUACAACCUGUUGAUAUUAAUGCCACAAAGAAUGUUUUCCUAGCUGCAAUUCGCUUUGCCACAUCUACUGGUGGACCGUGUCCUCCUUUUGCAGAUGAUCUUAAAGUUUCUGCUCGGGAACAAGUGGAAUACAUGCUAGUAGAAGAUGAAGAUAUGCCUCUGGUUACAGCUGAUGGUGAAGUAAAAUCUGAGGUGAGGAUGAGCCUUUCCAAAAUGUUCUCAAAAUUUGAGAAGGAACUAGGUUCCCUGCUUUUGGAGUCUGAUCUAACUGCUGCAGCAGAGGAUAUAGUCUUGCAGAGUCUUUCGGACCUUGAAUGGAUGUGCAACAUACUGCCAAAGAUGGAUCUAUUGAAGGAUUUUGUUUCCAACUGGAUUGAUGUAUCUGAUUAUGUCCUAAAGGUGUUUCAAGACAAGAAAUUUGAUACAACCAUGUGGGGUGCGAAACUGAAGCUAAUAGAAGUUGCUGGAAAGGUCUUGGAUGCCGUAGGUUAUGGCAAUGUUAUUUUUCCAGCACCAGCCCGGGUGCAGUUGCUGAAGUUUUGGCUCUCAUACGUAAGGAAAAUGAAGCCUUUGCUGGAUUCGAAGGGCAGUGAAGAUGUUGGAUUUGCAUACAAGAUGGAUGAGGACCUGUGCCAGAGCAUUGAGGGGGCAAUCAUCUCCCUUGUGUUGGCACUGCCAUCCAAUGAUCAAGCAGACAUUAUGGCAGAUUGGAUCCAGACUGAGCAGGUGAGGUAUCCCGACUUGAGUGAGGCUUUUGAAGUGUGGUGUUACAGAACCAAGUCUGCAAAGAGGAGAUUGGUUGUGGGAUUCAAUGAAAUUGGUAAUGCCACCAUCAGCCUCUGAAAAUUGAUCCAGUUUUCUUCCAAUAUUAUUGGAUCAAAAGUGAUGUAUCAUUUUGAUUUAAUUGCUGUACCUAACAUUAUAUCUCUCCCAUAUUUAAGGGGCAUGUGAUGGGUGAAGAAGGCCUCAUACCAUUUUUAUUAUGCAUUUGUCUAAUUUGACAAUUGGCAUAUUCUUGGUGA